CAAUAAUUGUCCCUUCCAGGAAGGGACAAUUAUUGGUGUUCACUCCCACCGACAUAAGUGACAAGGGAUUGUACGCGCAGACACACAGGCAUUAAACAAGAAGGGAGACGUCACCUGAAGACCAGCCAUGGAGGUCCAGGUCCUGGAACAUAUCCGGCACUCUCUACUGAGUGACAGAAACAAAGACCUGAUCAUAGACAAGCUGCUGAGUCUCACCAUGGAGAUAAUCUGUCUGCUGACUAGAGAGGAUUUCAUUGUUGUGAGAAAGUCGGGUGACCAGGUGACAGACAUCAACGGCCCCCCUGUGUCAGACAGAAGCAGCGGCACCCAGAGUCCAAACCCGGAGGCUCCACCUCAUGCGCCAACAGAGGAGAGGAGCCGUGACAGGAAUAUCCAGGCACCUACUGAGGUAUAUCACAGAGAGACAGGAAAGGUGCCUGGGAAGUGUAAGGACGUGGAUGUUUCAUUCUCUGUGACAGAGUGGGACUAUUCAGAUGGGUACAAGGACGUUGUAAUGGACCCUCCGCAGCUGCGUGACUCAGUGGGUGAGUGUAGCUCUAGAAGCCCCCCAGGACGAUGUGAGACCCCUCUGUACUCUGGGGAUUAUAUAAAGGAAGAGAACCGGAUUCUCAUAGAGGAUUAUCAGGCUGAGCCGGGACACGGGGUGUAUCACCCGCAGUGUAAGGAAGAGGAGCCCGUCCCUGAUCCCACCAGCUCAGGUGGGUGCAGCUCUAGAACUCCCGCAGACCCCUGUGAGACCCCUCUGUACUCUCCGGGCUGUAUAGAGGAAGAGAACAGGACUGUGACACAGGAAUAUCAGGAUGAGCCGGGACACGUGAUAUAUCACCGGCAGUGUAAGGAAGAGGCCGUUCCUGCUGAGAUCAGCCCAGGUGGGUGUAACCCUACACACCCCGCAGACCCAUGUGACACCCCUCUCUAUACUCCGGGGUGUAUGGGAGAAGAGAACAGGAUGAUCAGCCAGGAUUAUCAGGCUGUGCCAGGAGACGGGAUGUGUUACCAGCAAUGUAAAGAAGAGGACGUUCCUGCUGAGAUCAGAUCAGGAACUGAGGCCGGUGUAGAGCUGGAUGCUGGUGAUCAUCGGGGGCUGCAGGAAUUCCUCCCAGAGUCCAGUGCAGGUCCGCACGCCUCCUCACACUAUCCUGAGAAGACGCAUCAGUGCUCGGACUGUCAGCAAUGUUUCCCUAAUCAUUCAGAACUCAUCGCCCAUCAGGAAAAAACGCAUAACGCCAGUAAACUGUAUAGAUGCUCAGUUUGUGGAGUGUAUUUCGGCUCCAAAUUGGCUCUUACCGCCCACCAGCGAUGUCACACCAAGGACAAACUGUUUCACUGCUCUUACUGUGGGAAAUCCUUCCAUCAGAGGUCACGUCUACUGUACCAUAAAAGGACUCACACUGGGGAGAUGCCAUUUUCAUGCCCAGAGUGCGGGAGAGGUUUUACCGGCAGGUCUGCCCUUACUGCGCACCAGCGGAUUCACUCCGGCGAGAAGCCAUUUAAGUGCACGGAGUGCGGCAAAUGUUUUGUCCAGAAAGCCGACCUUGUGAAGCAUCAAGGCACUCACACCGGGGAGAAGCCGCUUUCAUGCAUGGAGUGCGGCAGAUGUUUUGCUGAUGGGUCUGCGCUUAUCGUGCAUCAGCGGCUGCACUCUGUCGUGAAAUCUUUUCAGUGCACGAAUUGUAGCAAAUGCUUUGCCACGAGAUCCAGCCUGGUCAAACAUCAACGCAUUCAUUCCGGAGAGAGGCCCUAUCCCUGUCCGGAGUGUGGGAGAUGUUUUACAGCCAAUUCUGCACUUGCCAUGCAUCUGCGGCUACACUCUGGUGAGAAACCUCAUCGUUGCGCGGAAUGCGGCAGGUGCUUUGUCCAGAGUUCCAGCCUUGUCAAGCAUCAGCGCACUCACACCGGGGAGAGGCCGUUUGUGUGUUCCCAGUGCGGCCGCUGCUUUUCUGAUAGCUCGAAUCUUUGGCGACAUCAGAGAGUUCACACCGAUCUUGGUGAAUAAACUGCCCGUCACAUGCAUAGCAAGACUUGUUUACAAACUGGAAAUCAAAAAGUGGAUAUAUUUUCCCGCCAAAUGCAUUAUAAGGUGUAGGGCUGCAAUGUAUGGUUUUCCUGUAUAUAGGGAGAACAUCACUUUAAUUACUUUUCUGUCAUACUAACGUAUAAGCCAGAGUUUUGAUUAUAUAACGUAUAUGAUAAUUGCAAAGAAUUUAUUCUAAAUAUCUUCUUUGUAUUAUUCUACUCAUUUUUAUAGUCAAAACUCUGGAGUAAGACAUCUACGACUGGUGAGGCAGUGCCUCACCUGUCUAUCUUUUCCACAAAUCUCUGAUCAAAACUCAGCAAAUUUCCAUAAGUAUAUACUGCUGCACCUGUGUAUAAUGCCCAGAUAUAUAUACUGCUGCACCUCUGUAUAACGCCCACAUGUAUAUACUGCUCCACCUGUGUAUAACGCCCACAUGUACGUACUGCUGCACCUCUGUAUAACACCCACAUGUACAUACUGCUGCACCUCUGUAUAACGCCCACAUGUACAUACUGCUGCACCUGUGUAUAAAGCCCACAUUUACAUACCGCUGCACCUGUGUAUAAUGCCCACAUGUAUAUACCGCUGCACCUGUGUAUAAUGCUCACAUAUAUAUACCGCUGCACCUGUGUAUAAUGCCCACAUGUAUAUACCGCUGCACCUGUGUAUAAUUCCCACAUGUAUGUACUGCUGCCCCUGUGUAUAAUGCCCACAUGUAUAUACCGCUGCCCCUGUGUAGAAUGCCUACAUGUAUAUACCGCUGCACCUGUGUAUAACGCCCACAUGUAUAUACUGCUGCACCUGUGUAUAAUGCCCACAUGUAUGUACUGCUGCACCUGUGUAUAAUUCCCACAUGUAUGUAAUGUUACACCGGUGUAUAAUGUCCACAUGUAUAUACUGCUGCACUGGUGUAUAAUGCCCACAUGGCACCGGUGUAUAAUGCCCACAUGUAUAUACUGCUGCACCUGUGUAUAAUGCCCAAAUGUAUAUACUGCUGCACCUGUGUAUAAUGCCCAAAUGUAUAUACUGCUGCACCUGUGUAUAAUGCCCACAUGAGCCCUUUGGCUCAUAUAUUGUAUGUUAAUCUGGCUAUGGCACUAGCCAGUGUUUCCUGAGCCAUUUACCUCACCGCAUUUCCCUGCCACAGAAGUACUGUGUAACCUUUGACCUGACACUGGCAGCCCCUCCCUCCUCAUGUAACCCAUGUAAUACAAGUGUAGGCAUUGUCUCUAUUCAGCCACCAUUGUAUUCAUACCCUAGCGUGAUAGCUGAUUUCUGAGUCUACAGUGUGGGAUCAGGCCUUACUAAUAUCUAGGUAAGCUCCGUCUAUAGCUCCAUCUCUAUUAUUACAUCAGUCACCUGACGACGAGGUAAUCGCACCCUGAUGUAUAGAUGUGCCAGAGAGUUGUGACCUUGUCAUACCCGCGGCUGUCAUCUGCCCGUCCUGGUGCCUGCUGUGCAGGUAUCCUGUUACCCACUCACUGUGUGGCUCAGAGGACGUCUGUCCCAUUACACACACUCACCUCUCUAUACCAUGGUAUAAAUGAUAGUACACAGGGACAGGCUAUUUCUCAGCAUGGCUGUGUGGGACCUGUAAUAUCACCAGCAAUGGUACCAUUCCCUGCGGACAGAGCCAGAUUAAAGGGGGGACGCAGGGCAUACUGUACCCCGGGCCCCCUCUUGUCAGGAGGCCCCCCCGGCCAGAGCACACUGACAUCAGUAGCUUUCCCUCUUAAGCAGCAGCAGAACCAGCAGCCAGAAUGCUAGCAGGACAGUAUGCAGUGAAGGCAGAGACACAUGAGUAUCGUGUUUCAUGAGCAAUCGAUACAGCUUUUCAUCCAGAGGAGAGACAGGAGGGUGGAGAGAGCUGUAAGUGACACAGGGAUCCCAGCUUCUCCUCUUCCCUGCUUGGGUGUCUGAGUCUUGUGUAAACUGUUAUGCAACUAAACCAUUUGGGUCUAGCGAUAGAGACAUACACAGAGAGUCCUCCUGAGUCCUGUCCCAGUGUGUAAGUAGUACAGAGGCUGCUGCUAUUCUUGCAUGGGACAAGGUAAAUUGUUUUAUUUUUCUGUGUGUAUUUUAAGGUUAAGUUGUCUUUGUUCCACUACAAUAAAAGUUUAUAAAAUA